UUCGAUCAAGUUGGAAACAAAGCAACCAUUAGCCGGAUCAAGAACAGUAGCGUGCGCCGCAGCGAGCGCAGUGCGCACCAAGUUCCCCACUUCUCAAGGCUAAUAAAAGAGUGGAAGAAAAAGGGAUAAUUCUGCUAGUCUGCACCUGCGACCACCACCCACCUCGUCUCUCUGCCAGCCUCCCUCCGCCAAAUCAGAACUUCUUAAAUAACCCAUCAAAGCUUCCACUUCACUACCCAGUCUCUCUCUCUCUCUCUCUCUCUCUUCCUUGAGCCCAAAACAAGCAAAUAGCACAAGUUUCCUUAUCUUUCCCUUUUCGUGCUUUCUUUCUUUUCCUCUGCAAAUCCUCCCACCAUUCGGAUCCCCACCUCCGCCUCCACCCACCCGGAUACCGGAAUUUCAGUUAAUGAGACCCGCCGGAAUGAUAUUAUGGAUCCCCCGCUUGUAAACGAGUCGUCUUUCUCCGCUGCCAACCCUUCUUCCUACAGCUUGGCGGAGAUUUGGCCAUUUCAGGGGAUCAAUGUGGAAGCCGGUGCUGCUGGGUUGGGCCUCCGAGUGGGCAAUUUAGCCUCUGCAAUUGGGUUUGGAAUUGGACACCCAGAUGGGUCCGCUGAGGAAUCCUCGGUGACGGACCAUAGUGUCGCCGCCGCCGGAAAUGCCAGGAAGCGGAGGGAUUUCAGCUCCGAGGAUGAAUCUUCUAGGAUGGUUUCUACUACUAGCAGCGGCAAUGAAUUGAAUGAUUCCAAGAAUAAACGGAUGAAGCAAUCAGGGUCCAGAAAUGAAACUGGUAAUUCUGGAGCUGAGCCAAAUUCUACUGCUAAUAACGCGGCAGUUGAUCAGAGUAAACCCUCUGAGCCGCCUAAGCAAGAUUUCAUUCAUGUGAGAGCAAGAAGGGGUCAAGCCACUGAUAGCCACAGUCUUGCUGAAAGAGCGAGGCGAGAAAAGAUAAGUGAGAGAAUGAAGUUACUUCAGGAUUUGGUGCCUGGUUGUAACAAGAUAAUUGGCAAGGCGCUGGUACUUGAUGAGAUCAUAAAUUAUGUUCAAUCCUUACAACGGCAGGUUGAGUUCCUAUCGAUGAAGCUAGAAACUGUAAAUGCGAGGAUGGGCAUGAACACGGCCAUGGAGGGUUUUCAUCUUAAAGAUGUAAGUCUACUUUUACAAGUGCUAUUAUAUCAGUUGAUCGAUCAAUCUCAACAUUUGCUUGUGGAAAUUAUGGGAUCUUCUGAUGUGUAGAAUUGAUGCCCUAGUGGGCACUAACCUAUGAUCUCUGUGACCAUUGACAUUUAAAUUGAACCAGACUGAACCAAAUAUCAUUCAAUUACCAAAUUUGGAGCCUAUUCUUGUUUGGUUCCAUUGAUUUUCUGACAAACGAAGAGAAAGGCAGACCAAAUCGAAACAUGAUAUGACUGGAUCGGAUCAAAUGCACUUUAAAUUUGACUCUGGUCCCCAGUUUCCUUGAUUUUUUUUAUCUGAUUCUAUGUAUAUUUGGUCCGAUUGAACCAGAUUGCACCAGCCCGACCCCUUAGAGGGCUUGCAUGAAAAGGUUACUAAACAGGACAGGACACCAUGAUUGAGUGACCCCCAUCCCUUUGUAGCACUUCCAUGUAGCUUGUAUGUUUAGAACUUUCCAAUAAAUAUCAGUUACCAUCUGUGUACUUACAGUCCUAAGCGGUCAAGGUCAAGGUUAUCAUUUGAAAUGGCAGAUUGUAUUCUAGAUGCAGCCCACACCAAGAGUUGCAUUUUCUUUACAAGCUUAUCUUGUCUUUGAUAUAAAGCCUUUAUCUUGCCUCACUUGUUAUCUUUAUCCAUUCUAUCAAUAUGUACGCGAAUCUGCAGAUAUACUGCCAACUCUUUCCCCUGAAUUUCAGAUAUGGAG